AAGCCAUUUGCGAGAACGAAUCAACGGAUGACCUCAACGAUCGAUCGAAAGAUAUGACCUCGGAUGCUCCGGGAGACAUCACAGAGAAGGCAUUGAUGCCAGCCGAUCAGUUGGAGAACGAGAGCGAGGAUGGAGUUGUAGAGGCAGUGCAUGACCAUCGGGAUGACGCGGGGGAUACGAUGGAGAGCAGUUCAGAUCGAUUUCGCCGGGUGUCUGCUGAGCAAGUGGCGAUGAACAUUAGUCCCAAGUCAUCGAAGCUGCGCACAGUAGAAGUUGCUCCUACCACUGCUCAAGCAUCGGUUGAGGACAAUGAUCACGAAUCAGACAAUGACAUCGUCACAUUCAUACCAUCCGAAGAGCAUCCUGACCCAGGAGGGCAAGAAGCUGCAGGGCGCGAUCCUGAGGUGGCAGGGGUGUUGGAUGAAGCGUCACCACAUCCAGAGCGAGCGGAUACAUAUUUCUCGGAAGAGACGGACUUGCUGUUAGCCAUGAUGCUGCAGGAGGAAGAGCUGGCGCUUCACCGAAGAGUGCGAUCUUUCAACAAACCCAUCUUCGCGGGGGUCCAUUCACACGAGGAACUCCCCGUGUAUACCAUACAAGAGGACCAGAUUGUAAAUUUUGAGGAAAAUCCAGAGUGCUUGAUCUGCUUGUGCGAGUACGAGGUCGGUCAAGAAGUGAAAAUUCUCCCAUGUCUUCAUCAAUUCCACUCCAAUUGUGCGAGCAAAUGGCUUUCAGAGAGUCAUUUCUGCCCUGUGUGCAAGAUCAGCAUACGCACCGGCAAGACCCAAGAGCAUCGCGCUGUUGUGUCUAGACAAAGCAGAAACGUGCAAGUGAUGAUGAACCACCAUGAAAGGGCCAGUCGAACGAGCGAAAGAUACACAGCUGAGGCUUCAAGGGAGCGCUACAGCACAAGGAUGGUGAACCCCAGGAGCUCAACGGGGAGGAACACUCUCAGCCUGGGCAAUCGCUCUCUGCACAGCACUCCAGUCAGGAGAUACUUGAGGAGUCCUAUCGAGGGGGCAGCGAGCGCCAACACCUCCUCCAACUCCAGCCCCGCCCAGACAUCUCGCGGGUUCAUGAAAGAGCGAUUCUUGCAGCUAAAGAAGUUCUUCGGGAGGUGAUGGAAAGUGUCGAUAUGUUCGAAUGUGAAUGUGAGAUGAAUCCAUCGGC